AUGAUUCUAGGUAAGACUGCUACAUUGUGGUCUGAGUUACUCUUCUUAAGUGCGGCUGCUAGUGGUUGGUAUUUUUCAAUCUUAUCUCGGCUUCUUUUAACAAUGUUGCUAUCAUAUGGUACUGAUAUUUCGAUGAUUUUGAUUGAUUUCUUGGUUCAGUUCUUAACGAUUAGAUCUGUUUCAUCUUGUGGCAUGAGGAUACAAUGUGCUCUAUGGACUCUCUUGCGGAAUGACACUUUCUACAUUUUAAAUCUUUCUCUCGCCUCUUUGUUAUCCGACUGGGUUUAUGGUAAGGCAGAACAGAAAGGGACAGAGGGCAUCACCUUGGAAGAUUCCAUUGGUAAUCGGUAUUGUAGUUGUGGUUUGAUUCUUGGAUAUGAAUAUCUUGGUGUUCCAUUUGCUCAUGAGUCUUUCAAUGAUUGA